AUGGACGCACUCAAAUCACUUGUGCAGCCCCUCGUCGGCGCCGGCGGAGGCUCAUCAGUGAUUGACGGUGUGAAGCUCGUCGUCUUGGGUGGCACCGUAGAGACCGCCAGAAGGAUGGCAAGCUCUGGAUGGUCGCAUUUCAUCAACUCCUUCUUCUUGACCGCACACUUCUCUGAGGAGGAUUACCCUUAUGAUUGGCUCAUGUUAUGGCUUUCUCGUCGACCCGAGUGGCAACGCUCUCGUGAGUUUGAAACCACCACCCGCACGUCGACCCACGGGGUCGGUGCGCACAUCGCCGACAAUUCGUUUGGGGAUGACGAUGAGGACGACGAAGACACACCUGGCAAGGUCAAGACCCGGGUCGUCUUCCAGCCCACGUCAGAUACGACGCACACGAUCUAUUACAAAGGGCACUGGCUGCGUGUCAAGCGUGGGAGAAAGACCGAUGGCAGCGGCUGUGAGAUGCUGUCCGUCAGCGUCGUCGCGCGCAACAACUCCAUUCUGAAGCAGCUUGUCCUCCAAGCGAAGAAGGAGUACGAAGCGGAGUCCGUACACCGCAUCCAAAUCUACUUCGCCGACUCCCAUGGAUGCUGGCGAUGGACGGACUCGCGGCAUAAGCGGCCGAUCUCAUCCAUCGUCCUGAACCCCGGAGUCAAGGAGAUGCUCCUGGCCGAUACUAAGGACUUCCUCAAGUCUGAAAAGUGGUACGCCGACCGUGGAAUUCCCUUCCGGCGUGGGUAUCUCCUGCAUGGGGUACCCGGGUCAGGGAAGAGUUCACUGAUCCACGCAAUCGCCGGUGAGCUGAUGCUAGACAUAUACGUGGUGUCGUUGUCGUCAUCAUGGAUCAACGACAACACACUGACCACGCUGAUGGGCCGAGUUCCCGCACGGUGCAUCGUGCUGCUGGAAGACCUAGACGCAGCCUUCACUAGGAGCACCACGCGUGAUAGCGCGUCCACGGGCAGUCCAGAAAAUGUCGCAACAGCCGCAGAAGAAUCCACAGAUUCGUCAAGCCGCCACGGCGCGAGGCGCCAUAAGAGUGAACAGCUGUCAGAUGUGAACACCCUCAGUCUUAGUGGACUACUGAAUGCCUUGGAUGGUGUAGCAGCCUCGGAGGGACGGAUCUUGUUCGCGACCACCAAUCACCUCGAGCGUCUCGACACGGCGCUCUCCCGUCCUGGCCGUAUGGAUGUAUGGGUCGAGUUCAAGAAUGCUUCCAAAUGGCAAGCGGAGUUACUCUUCCGGAAUUUCUUCCCCUCAACAGACGACGAUGGCGUUGUGCUGGAGGGUGAGCUUGAGGGCAUCGAGCUCCCCACAUCGCCUACGCCCUCGGAAGCAACUUCGUCGAACUCAUCGACGUUGUUCUCUGUGCUGUCAGCCACGACAUCAUCCUCGUCCGUCCCUUUAACGCCGACUUCUGGCAAUUCUCCGGCUUUGUGCAGGUCUAGAGAAGUAAGCGUCGAUGAGGGUUUGAUGAACCAAGCAUACCUUCCGCCCCCGGUCGAGGAAGAAAUUGCUGCGGCGGCGCAUUCGGCGCGUCCACUUGACGGAGUUACACUGGCGGCGCUCGCGAAGAAGUUUGCGGAUGCUAUUCCGGAUGAGGAAUUCAGUGUGGCUGCGCUACAAGGAUACCUGCUGAAGAACAAAUCUCGACCAGAGGCUGCAGCAGGCGAGGCGGCUGCUUGGGUGGUGAGCGAGAGGGAGAUGAGGGAGCGGUUGAGGAAGGAACGCGAAGCCCGCGAGCUCAAGGAGAAAAUCGAGCGCGAGAAACGGCGCAAGGAGCUGCUCCUCAAGGAGAAGGAAAGGGCGGAACAAAAAAAGAAGGAAGAGGAGGAGGCUCAGCGACAGCUCGAGGAGAAGACGAAGGCCGAAGAGACAGCCCGUCUCGACGCGGAGAUUGCUGUCGCGAUCGCAGAGGAGGCGGAAGCAGAGGCUAAUGAGGACCAAUCGAAUUCUAACGGAACGGCCGACGCUGCGACCGACGAGGAGCAGCCCGACGAGGAGUGCUUAACGGGCACUGCCACUCCCUCCGCCGAGACUCCGACCGGCGCACAGUGGGUUCAAGUCGCUUCCAACUGA